AUGGAUUAUGAGUAGGUAAUGAACGACAAAAAGUUGCGAGAGUAACUGGAAGGAGGUGAAACCAUAGUACUUACAAUGAAAGUAAUAAAAUUUACAGGGCAAAACAAAAAGUUACCAAGAGUCAUUGCCAUAACAAAUAAAAAUGUGUAUAACAUUUCACCCUCUGAAGGGAGUGCCGUCAAGAGUUUUUUUUAAAGUUUGGUUAAUAAAUCAAGGAUAAAGCGAAAAAUACCAUUAUCUGCAAUAACUUCAAUCACUAUUUCUAAAAUAGUAAAGGAAUUCAUAUUACAUAUUCCAGUAGAAUACGAUCAACGAUAUCAAGUGGAUGAUUAAUUAUCAUUGAUUAUACAAACCUUGUGUGAAGUGUACGUAAGACAUAAUCUAAAAAAAAUACGAUGUCAUUUCAUAGAGGAAAUGAAUUUGAGUCAAUAUACAACAACCAACUAUGAUAUUAAGAAGAACAUUCGUAGAUAGCUACCAAAAUAAGGAUCAGAAAUGACUGUGGAUGACGUGAAAAUUGCUAUGUAAGCAGCCAGAGGGAAUGUGCAAACAAUCUAUUAAAAGUCUAAUACUUAGGAGAUUAGCAUAGAAGAUUUUACAUUGAUUAAGAUGUUGGGAAGAGGAGCAUUUGGAAAGGUAAUGUUAUGUGAGAAGAAAGACACAAAAGAAAUAUUUGCCAUAAAGAGUUUACGUAAGGAGGACAUCAUCUCAAGAGAUCAUAUUGAGUAUCUAAAAACAGAGAGAAAAAUAUUGGAAUAAACAUAACAUCCAUUCCUUGUUUCUUUGGAAUAUGCAUUUAUCACCUAAGAGUGUGUGUAUUUUGUUAUGAAGUUUAUGAUAGGAGGAGAAUUAUAUACUCAUCUAUAAAAAGUGAAUAAAUUCAAUGAAGAUUAUGCAUUAUUCUAUUCAUCUUAAGUAUUGUUGGCUCUGGAGUAUCUCCAUAAACAAGGAAUUAUCUAUAGAGAUUUGAAACCAGAAAACAUUUUGAUGGAUGAAAAAGGCUAUGUUGCUUUAACAGAUUAUGGAUUAGCUAAGUUCUUAUCUAAAGGUCAAGUCACCUAAUCAAUUGUUGGAACUCCUGAAUAUUUAGCCCCAGAAGUAAUUACUCAAUAAGGACAUGCCUUCACUGCUGAUUGGUGGUGCUUAGGCAUUCUUAUAUUCGAAAUGUUGUGUGGAAGAACUCCAUUCUUUUCAGAAAACAGAAAUUAAAUGUUUAGAAACAUUGUCGAAUCUGAAUUGAAAUUCCCAUCAACAUUAAAUCUCUCUUUUGAUUGUAAGAAUUUGUUGACAGCUUUAUUAAAGAAGAAACCUAAUGAAAGACUGGGAAAUAAAGGCGAUGCAGAAGAAAUCAAAAAGCAUCCUUGGUUUAAAAAGAUGGAUUUCUAAAGACUGCUCUAGAAAGAAAUUUAAGCUCCAAUAAUACCUGAUUUAUAAUCAGCCACAGAUUUAUCUAAUUUCAACCCAUAAAUUCUGGAUGAAAAAAUUGAAGAGGAUCAAAAUCCGAAUACAAACACACAGGCACUCAAAAAAUUUGAUUCAGAAUUUUAUGGACUCAAUUACAAAAAAGAAUGAUUGUUUAUUUCAAAAAGUUAUUUAUCAUAAUUUCAUCUGC